CGCGAGGCUUUGGGGGCGGUGCCCGCCCACAGGUAGGGCCGGACUCUGGCGGAGGGUCUAGCUCACAGCGUCUCGGUGCUCAGACAGGCUGCAGACGGUUCCUGAGGUUCCCCGAUCGGAGGGUAUCUCCCGUUGGGUUGAAGGGUGUGGAAGUCCCCGGCUCGCUCGGCCCGUGCCCAGUCUCCUGGCCAGCUCUGCGCUGGGCCGUCCAUCCCGUGUCAGACGCCUCAUCCUGCCUCCUCCGUUCAUCGCACCCCUGGGCGAGCAGCGUUGUGUUUAUGUCUUUAUUGGACGAAAACGAGCUGUUGCGCAGCCAUUGGUACCUGUAUUGGGGAAACAUAGCAUACAAACAAGACGCUCACAGCCUCGGUGGCGAAAUUAUUUUCAUGUCAGAGACCGAGAACUCUUGCAGUCGUUUAUGUCAUCCAGUCUUCUCCAGACAGAAGAUACCAAAAAGUUGCAAUCCAAGAUCUUUUCCUCUUAUUGAAAGGGCUAAUAAAAAGACAAAAUGUCUGUCAACGUCAACCGCAGUGUUUCCGAUCAGUUUUAUCGGUACAAAAUGCCCCGUCUGAUUGCCAAGGUAGAGGGCAAAGGAAAUGGAAUAAAGACAGUAAUAGUCAACAUGGUUGAUGUUGCAAAGGCGCUUAAUCGGCCUCCAACGUAUCCCACCAAAUUUUUUGGUUGUGAGCUGGGAGCACAGACCCAGUUUGAUGUUAAGAAUGACCGUUUCAUUGUCAAUGGAUCUCAUGAGGCAAAUAAGCUGCAAGACAUGUUGGAUGGUUUUAUUAAGAAGUUUGUUCUAUGUCCUGAGUGUGAUAAUCCUGAAACUGAUCUGCAUGUCAAUCCCAGGAAACAAACAAUAGGCAAUUCUUGCAAAGCCUGUGGCUACAGAGGCAUGCUGGAUACAAACCAUAAGCUCUGUACUUUCAUUCUCAAAAACCCACCAGAGAGUACAGACAGUGGUACAGGCAAAAAGGAAAAGGAUAAGAAGAACAGGAAGGGCAAAGAAAAAGAAAAUGGUUCAGUAGCAAACAACGAGUCCCCCGUUCUAACAGAACUGAACCCUCCUAACAUGAAUGCAGAUGAAGAUGACGAAGACUGGGGGGAAGAGACCACCGCUGAGGCUCAAGAACGUAGAAUGCAAGAAAUAAGUAAUCAUGCAAAAAACCUUACACUCACAGAAGACCUGGAGAGAUCUAUUGAAGAUCGCGUAAAUCUAUUAUUUGACUAUGUCAAGAAAAAGAAAGAAGAAGGCGUUAUUGACUCAUCUGACAAAGAUAUUUUGGCUGAAGCUGAAAGGCUUGAGGUGAAAGCCAUGGGACCGUUGGUCUUAACUGAGGUUCUGUUUAAUGACCAGAUCAGAGAUCAGAUAAAGAAAUACAGACGUCACUUCCUCCGUUUUUGCCAUAAUAACAAAAAAGCACAGAAGUACCUACUCCAUGGUUUUGAGUGUGUUGUGGAUAUACACCAGUCACAUCUCCUGUCCAAAAUACCACAUAUCCUGAAAGAAAUGUAUGAUGCAGACCUCCUAGAAGAGGAUGUAAUUAUCAGCUGGGCUGAAAAGCCUUCAAAAAAGUAUGUCUCUAAAGAGCUUGCCAAAGAUAUACGUGCAAAGGCAGAACCAUUCAUUAAAUGGCUGAAAGAAGCAGAGGAAGAGUCUUCUGGUGAAGAUGAAGAUGAUGAUGAUGAAGAGGAAGAUGAAAACCUUGAAGUUGUGUAUUCAGCAACUGUGAGCGUUCCAAAAGUGGAAACUGUCAAGUCACCUGUUGAGAAAGAUGAUGACCUUGAUAUUGAUGCCAUUUAAAGUGAAUUUAAUCAGUUUACGCUUCUGCAUUUUUAUGCCUGAAGUGCAAAAUGUAUGUGAUAAAGCUGCAUUAACAGAAAUUUGUGCUACACUUUCUAUGCUUACUUUGUUUUCUUCUGCAAUAUUUUGUCUUUGAUAAUGAAAUUUAAAACAUUAAAAGUGUAUACAUAAA